AUGAAAAAGUGCCCGGGAUAUAUGGACCGAAAGGUGUUCGAAUUCGGAAUGGAAGACGCGGGCCCGGGACCGGCGGCCUACGGGACUCGGACGACGGUGGGCCGCCUGAAUCGGUUGCCAACCGUGGCCGACGCGCCGUCGUGCUCGAUGCACAAGAAGUUGGACACGAGCAACGAGACCGACGGGCCAGGGCCGGUGGUGUACAAUUUGGCGCGGCUGACGUGCCGUGGCCGGGCGCUCGCGCCGCAGUACAGCAUGGCCAAGAAACUGCCCGUGGACGGCGACACGGACAACCCGGGACCGGCGGCGUACAUGCCCAGAGUGCCGGUCAAGGGGCCCGUACCCAAAAUGUUGUUUCCGCUGGUCGACCCGGAUCCCAGAGCCGCUAACCCCGGGUCCAACGUUUACAAGUUGCCGUCGACAUUGUCGCGCAAAACCAUUACGCUGGCCAAGAAAAUCGACGAAAUCGUAGACAUCAAAUCGCCCGGACCGGUAUAUCAAACGGUGCCUUUGAACAAAUACAAAAGCAAAGCACCCCAAUACAGUCUGGCAAAGAAAUUCGAAGACCCUGUGUUGACCAACGAGAUCAAGGGUCAAUCGCCGAGCCCGCAGGCAUACAAUCCCACACUCAAAUACAAAUACAAAGUUAUGCCGAAGUUUUCGUUUGGGAUGCGCCGCCCUGAUAAAUUUCCACCAUUAGUGGUGUGCGGCGACGAAGUUAAAAUAACAAAAUAA